UCUAACAAAGAUAACUAAGAUUUUUAAAACUCUGUUUUGCAGAUCCUUUUUGUUGGAUGACUUGAAAGCUUUUGCUAACAAUUUUGAUGUAAUAGCUACUCACUCAGCAUUGGUUCAUUCCAUAAAAUUAAGUCGAAAUUGCAGUAUCUUUUGAGUAAAAUCAGAUUGUAUAAUAAGAGACAGUUCAACAGUAACUACACUUCUGCAAUUUUUAGUAAACCAAGUCUUUAUUUUUAAAUAAAGCCGAAGCGAUUUGUACUACAUUUCUGUCCUAUUUGGCCAUGAUACUCAAAUUGAAAUAUUGUAAGGUUUAAGAUUAAGAUUUUGAAGAGAAAUCAAUUUGCAAAUGAAAAUAAAAUAAUUAAAACCAAGGCCAGAGCCUAUAUAAUGUUUUCAGUAGCUUUUAAAUUUUAGGAGUGAGUAUGCCAGAAAAUUUGGACUGUGGCAGCUGUUUCAUGUUUCCCUAAGUGUGUUUUUGUUAACCCAUAAUAAUAAAAUCCUAUUAAUUUGAGUUAACAAAGAAAAUAACUUGACACCACUGUGUGUGUGAUUUUAAUUAUCUUUAGAUGUAGGGACAAAAAUAACAUUGCAAAACUCAUGCUAAACUCUAAUGGAUCCUGUUGAAGAGCCUGUUUGUGGUUUGGGGGGGUUGUAUUUUAAUAGCUCAGAGAAUCGCACAGCUUUAAUUUGUUAGUGUCUUCCCUCUUAACUUCUAUUGCUUUAACUCGCAGGCUGGUCUCCCUCCCUAACCCCUUUGUUAAUGAGUGGUGGUCCUGUCCCCCUGGGUGGCAGGCCCACCCUUCUUCACCAAGCUGCUGCCCAGGGAAAUGUCACUUUAUUAUCAAUGCUGCUUAAUGAAGAAGGACUGGACAUUAAUUACUCCUGUGAAGAUGGCUAUUCUGCCUUGUAUUCUGCUGCUAUGAAUGGACAUACAGAUUGUGUGAGAUUGCUGCUGACUGCAGAAGCACAAAUUGAUGCUGCUGAUAAAAAUGGCUUUACACCUUUGUGUUCAGCAGUUGCUCAGGGACAUACCAAGUGUGCAGAAUUAUUAAUUAUGUACCAGGCUGAUGUUAAUCAUGCUGCUGAAAGAGGACAGACACCUCUCUACCUGGCCUGUAGAAAUGGAAAUAAUGAAUGUAUCAAACUCUUGCUGGAAGCUGGAGCAGAUCGAAGUGUGAAAACCAUUGAUGGGUGGACACCAAUUCAUGCAGCUGUAGAUUCUGGUAAUGUUGACAGUCUCAAGCUCCUUAUGUACUAUGGAGAGCCAGAGAAUGGAAACUUUAUGAAUGAUGCAGAGCCUGAUUCAGACUACUUCGACUUGGAGUGCAAUCAAGACAACUACAGCAGUAAAGCAAAGCCUGUUGUUUCUGCAGAUCUCAUCAACCAUGCUGACAAAGACGGCUGGACUGCUGCCCAUAUUGCAGCAUCAAAAGGCUUUAAGAAUUGCCUAGAAAUCUUGUGUAGCCAUGGUGGACUAGAGAGUGAAAGGAAAGAUAAGUGUAAUCGAACACUGCAUGAUGUUGCUACUGAUGACUGUAAACAUCUCCUAGAGAAUUUGAAUGCUCUUAAUAUACCUUUAAGGAUUUCAGUCAAUGAUGUUGAACCAGCCUACUGUGGUACAGGGGAUUUUGACAUGGAAAAUACAAUAUGUGCUUUAAAUAUCCGCAAACAAACAUCAUGGGAUGAUUUUUCAAAAGAAGUGAGUCAGGCAGUGACAAACCAUUUCCAAGCAAUCGCAUCUGAUGGAUGGAGGAGCCUGGAAGACCUGACAUUUAAUAAUGCUACAGAAUCAAACAUUGGCCUCAAUGCAAGCAGUAUGUUAUCCGUCAAACUAGGAAAUGUUUCAUGGUCACCGGGUCAGAUUUUUCCCCAGCCACCAUGGGAGUUUUUGAAGAGCAACACAGCUGAAAACAUAACUGUAUUUUUGUUUGGUCCUCAAGAAGGCUGCCUAAAUAGUGUGACUUAUGCAUCUAUGAUCCAUCUUCAGACACUGCAGAAUUAUCUCAGGCUGGUUGAACAAUACCAUAAUGUCAUCUUUCAUGGUCCAGAAGGAAGUUUACAAGACUAUAUAGCAUAUCAGAUAGCACUCUGCAUGAAGCAAAAACAAGCGGCUGCAGGAUUCACCUGUGAAAUAGUUAAAGUUGAUGUGGAUGCUGAUUUCUCUAAGGAGCAGCUUGCAGAAAUAUUCAUUAAUAGCGCUUGUCUGAUCCCAGUGAAGCAGCUUCCUAUAAGCAAGAAAACUAUUGUGAUUUUAGAGAACCUAGAAAAAGCAUCCUUAUCUGAAUUACUUGGGGACUUUUUGGCACCUCUUGAGAAUCGUGGCUCUGAAAAUCCCUGCACUGUUCAAAGAGCAAACGGCGUUUCUGAGGCAUAUUAUUUUCAUGAGAACUGCUUUCUAAUGGGAACAAUUGCAAAGUGUCGUCUUCAAGGUUCUGACCUGGUGGUUCAGCAACAUUUCCGCUGGGUUCAGCUAAGAUGGGAUGGAGAACCGAUCCAUGGCUUGCUUGAAAGAUUUUUAAGAAGGAAAGUUAUAAACAAGUUCAGAGGUAAAGUGCCACCUCCAUACAAUCCAGUGUGCAAGGUCAUCGACUGGAUUCUUGCUGUUUGGCACCAGCUGAACUCCUGCUUAUCCCGGCUAGGUGCAGCUGAAGCAGUCCUAGGGCCAAAACACUUCUUCUCUUGUCCAGUGGUGCCUGGUUAUGGUCACAUGACAGUGAAGUGGAUGUCCAAGCUAUGGAAUUCUGUAAUUGCCCCCAGAGUUCAAGAAGCAAUACUCUCCAGAGCCUCUGCGAAGAGACCAUCUGCACUGGGAGAAACAGCAGCCAAAAAAUAUCCUAGCCAAGGACAACAGGCUGUGGUUAAAGCUGCGCUCAGUAUCUUGUUAAAUAAAGCUGUCCUGCAUGGCUGUCCUCUUCCUAGAGCAGAGCUGGAUCAUUAUAAAGCAGACUUCAAGGGAGGAAAUUUCCCUUUAUCUGUGGUUGCAAGUUACAAAAGCUGUAACAAGAAAAGGGGUGAAAAUGCUUCUUGGAGAAAAGUGAGCACAAGUCCUCGUAAGAAGUCAGGCCAUUCAUCAUCAUGGAACAAGCAGGAGACAAACGGAGAUGGUGUGAAAGCUAAGAGCACAUUACAACAAAAUAGUAACAAAAAAUCCUCAGAAAAUGAUCAGAUAAGAGUAUUAGAUCUGGAGCAAAGGCUGUCCCUUGGUUCUGAUGAUGAAGUAGACCUUGUGCGAGAACUUCAGAGUAUGUGUUCCAGCAAAUCAGAGUCUGAUAUCAGCAAGAUUGCAGAUUCUAAGGAUGAGCUAAUGAUGUUCAGUAGCUCUCAGAAUGAUCCUUUGUUUUCAGCAAAAGUUCCUAAUCCAAACAAAACAAUUUCACAAAAGGAUGGGGCCUGUCCUCUCAGCAGCAGUCGAACUGUGGAAUGCAGCAACAGUAAAUCAAAGACUGAGUUGGGUGUUUCAAGAGUUAAAUCUUUUCUUCCUGUACCCAGAAGUAAGGUCACCCAGUCUUCUCAGAACACUAAAAGAAGCAGCAGCAGUAAUACAAGGCAAAUAGAGCUCAACCAUAGCAACUCAAAUGGAGAGAUUUGGAACCUGCACAAAAAGAACAACAAAUCAAAAAUCUAACAAAAAGACCUGCCUACCAUCCAAUUUUUUUCAAUGUUCACGUAAUCUCCAUCAUAAAGUACAAGAACAUGUAAAUAGUUUUUAAAACAAAACUUUUACCUUGUAAUUAAUGUGUGUACGGGACCACAGUUUAAUUUGUAUGUAAAUCAGCUGUUUAUAAGGAAAAGAUUUUAUUGUUUGAAUCUGUAUUGAUUUAAGUUCACCAGUGGGCUGUUCUGCCAGUUUCAUGAGUGUUUUUUUUAAUAUGAAAAUUGCUAUUGUUUAAAUGAUUAUAUUUAGGAGAAUUACCACAAAAUUCUGUGUAUAUGUUGUACAUAAAUAUAUUCUAUCAAGUUCAUGUGUUACAUUGCAUACAAAUGAGUUGCACAAUGCGUACAGUUCUGGCUUAAAACUAAUGUAUUUGCGUUUUUAAAAGACAGAACAGGUUUUUAUCUUCACUUCUUGAAAAAUGAAUGGAAUGUGGCAAUAAUCAAAAUGACUGGACAUGCAGAUCAGUUGCUUUCAGCUACAAGCCAUAUUAAAUUGAUUAAAUUUGAUUACCCCACAGUCUGCCUGCCGACGUGUGAUUCCAUUUCUCUCACAUUUCUCUUAAGUUCCACGUAUCUUAAAAGUUCUGAGUUUGCAUUACAGCUCCUACAUUUAGAAAAGGAAAAAUGGAGACAAAUUAUAAUGCAAUAAGUUAUUUCUCACAAACUCCCAUUUUUGAUAACUGAAGAAAAUGUGUUCUUGUAAUUGAGUUUUUAAUGUAUAAUGGAAAACUUUUAAUGUUUUAAAAAAGAAAUCCAGGAAAUAAUGAUGUUUUACAAAAAUACCAGUGUUUUUUCAGUGUUUUUUCAAAUUGUACUAUAAAGAAAUUACAGCACAAACUUAAUUACAUGGUUAUACAGUGAUAAUGUAGCAGCAAUAACAUGUUACUAUGUAAUUACCAAUUUUUAUAGUGGAUUUAAUAUGUAAUUGCUGAAAUAGCAUUUGAAAUCACAGUUAACAUGAAAUAUUUUUUAUUCCACUACAAGUUUAUAUUAUUUUCCCAUGGGGGGGGACUGUGUAUGUGAAGAAAAUAUUUAUGGUUGCCACAAUUUAUACUUGUGAAUAGUAAUUGUGUGGAUACAAUCACUGUUUUGAUACCUUAUUAUCUAGUAGGAAGAGUAGGAUACACGGCUUUCUUAACAUCAGAUCUCAGUACUAAGUGGUAAAGAGGCUGUUUUUCUCAAGUUUGAUUUCUUUGGAAGGGGUAGGAGCUACAUAAAUCUAUCCUGACACUUCACCACUAUAUGUAAGGCAGUUAUCCCAAAUUAAUGUCAAUAAAUUUUUUGU